AUGUCCUCCACCGCGCCUUCGGGUCUUACAAGAGACUACCUCUUCACCUACAAUGCCCUGAACCUCCUCACCUGGGGCACCUGUGUACUCUACACAGCCAGCCUCCUGCCCUCGCACCUGGCCAGCAACAACAUCUCUUCCAUCUUCACCGCGACAUUCAACCCCCUCCUGUUAGCAACACAAUCCCUCGCCAUCCUCGAAGUUCUCCACAGCCUAAUCGGCCUCGUUCGCGCACCCUUUCUGACAACCGCAAUGCAAGUCGCCAGCCGCUUGCUCCUAGUCUGGGGGAUCAUGGCACCCUUUGGCGGUGACAUCGUCGGCGCGCGCUCGACCCAGCUGGGCGACUACGCGUACCUCGGCUGCGUGAGCGCAUGGGGAAUCACGGAGAUCAUCCGCUAUGGAUUCUUCGCUAUCACGCUCUCUGGGAAUGCGGUUCCGGCUUGGUGGACUUGGUUGCGGUAUAACACUUUCUAUGUGCUGUAUCCCAUCGGUAUCUCGAGCGAGUGCACCCUUAUUUUCAAGGCGCUGGCGCCCGCGGCGCAAAUUGAUCCGUUGUUCCGGUGGGCUUUGAUUGCUAUUCUGGCUAUCUAUGUGCCUGGUUCUUAUGUUCUCUACACUCAUAUGAUUGCGCAGCGCCGAAAGGUCCUUCGUGGAAAGAAGCGUGCUGAUUAG